CUUAUUAAAUGACAUAUAAAUAAUAAAGUUUCAACGAUGUGGUUCAUCUAUGGUUUCAACCAGGGACAAUAAAUUUUAGCCUACAAGAAGUGUCUUUCUGAUUUUAGUGUCUGGAUUCAAAAUAUGAUUUUACUAUUUAGUUAAGGAUACAUACAAAAAUCAAACCAACAAUUGUCGCUUGAAUUCUUAAACUUUCUUCUAUCGUUUGUUAGGUUUAUAACACGAAAAAAUGGAUCAAGACGAAACUUCACCUAAAAGAUCCACCAAAAAAAGUAAAUCUAAAAAAUCCAAAUCAGUUACGUCUGAAGAUGGUUCAUCUUCCAACGAUUUGGUUAUUGUUGAUGAAACCACCUCAACAAAGCCUAAAAUUUUACCUCCAACUAAAAAUUCUCCAGUACCUUCAACUUCAAAUUCUAAUAAAAAACGCAAAAAACGUGAUAGUGCUUCUAGUGAUGAAGAAAGGUGGUUAACAGCAAUAGAAUCUGGAAAGUUGGAAGAUGUGGACGAUGAACUGAAGAAAAUAAAACCUAAAGAUCCUGCUCUGAUGACAGCGAGACAAAGAGCAAUGUAUGACAGAACGGGAGAAGGUACUUCAUCUAUGUCCACACCUAUGUUAAUGUCUCUUCCCACAGGAUAUAAGGAAAAAGUAAUGACUGCAGAAGCUAUUCAAAAAGCAGCAAUAAAAUCUUUAAAAAGAAAACAAUUAGCCGAUGAAAAGAGGGAAAAGGAUAAAAAGAAAACAAUGGAAAGGCUAUUAAAAAAACAAGAUUCAAAAGCUGCAAAACAAUCUAAACCUAGAGUAGUGAAAACAUCUACUCCAUCAAUCGUAUACAAACAAAACAUUGAUAUAACAAUUAUGGCAUUUCCAGAAGGAUUUGAUUUUCCUUUACAAACUAAAACAAUUGCACAGAUACCUGAUCCUGUCUAUUGCAGUAUGGGAUGUGGAAACAUAAAAAAAUAUUCAUGUUCAAAAACAGGCGUUCCAUUAUGUAGUUUGAAAUGCUAUAAAUCUAACAUUUCAAACGUUAUUAUUUAAUUGUAAAAUUAUUGGAACAGUCCUAAGAUAUAAGGAGAAAAAUGUGGAUGAAGAUUCUGGGAAGAAACUGUGAUAUCUAAGAAUAAGAGAAUAUUUUUGUAAAUAGUGUAGAAAUAAAUAAAUAAAAUUUAAA